AUGUCCGAUUCGCAGUCGACCAUUGCGGUCGCAUCGCCCGCAGACUUUCACGUCCAUCUGCGCCAGGGAGAGUUGUCUACGCUUGUCACCAAGCAUGUACGACAGGGCGGAUUCAACGUGGCAUACGUGAUGCCCAAUCUCAAGCCGCCCAUCACCACCACCGAUGAAGCACUCCUCUAUCGAGCGCAAUUGCAAGCUAUUGACCCGGCUGUUCAGUACCUGAUGACCCUGUACUUAUCCCCGGAUCUUACUCCCGACGAGAUCCGCAAGGCAAGUCGCGCCGGCAUAGUAGGCGUCAAGUCGUACCCUCGUGGUGUUACGACGAACUCAGAUGGAGGGAUUGAAUCUUAUGAAGCUUACUACCCUGUCUUCGAGGCGAUGGAAGAGGAAGAUAUGGUUCUCAACCUCCACGGGGAAGUUCCUUCAGACGCUGCAGCGAACACGUGUGUUCUCAACGCCGAGCCGGCGUUUCUACCGCAUCUGCGGAAGCUCCACGCGCGGUUCCCUCGUCUCCGCAUUGUGCUCGAGCAUGCGACCACUCGCGCGGCGGUGGACUGUGUGAAGAGUCUAGGAGACACUGUGGCAUGCACGAUUACGGCCCAUCACCUCGCGCUCACUGUAGACGACUGGGCCGGGCAGGCGUGGAACUUCUGCAAGCCCGUCGCCAAGUAUCCCGAUGACAGACAGGCCCUUCGAGACGUGAUUAAGCAAGGUUUGUGGUUCGCUGAGACUGAAGAUCGCGCCCAUGUCUCAACGGCAAUGUUCAUUUCUGCAGGCCAUCCGCGCUUCUUCCUCGGCUCCGACUCCGCUCCUCAUCCGCCGGAGACGAAGAGCAGUGCUACGCCUCAGCACGCGUGUGCUGCCGGGGUGUACACAUCCCCCAUUCUCCUCCCCCUCGUCGCGCAGUUGCUAGAGUCAUUCGGCGCGCUUGAUCGUCUGGAGGGUUUCGUGAGCACCUAUGGCCGUGCGUUCUACCGCAUUCCAAUUGCUUCUGGGGAAGCCAAGGUUACUCUCAGACAAGUGCAAGGGAAGAUUAUCCAGGAAAAAUGGGCAGAGGGCAACCAGAGUGUGGUUCCAUUCUGGGCCGGAAAAGAGCUUGUGUGGGAGAUCGUGGGCUAG